CCCCCAAUCUCUAUCACCAGAUGCCUCUGUCCACUGCUGUCCUCACACUGCUGCCGGGGACAUCUGCUUCUACAGAGGACAGCUCACUAUGGACAUGGUGAAAAUCCAUCCUCAGCCCUUCAAACCCUGCAGCUGAGAGCCAGGUCCCCUCUGUCUUGUGUGUCCUGUGUCCAGCAGAGGAUGAGCCAUGGGUCGCCCGGAACUGGAAGCAGCCAGCUUCUCUCUGAUCAAGCUGGGCAGCCUAGUGGCCAUUAUCAGCUGUGGCCUGCCCUUGUGGCAUGUGAUGAAAUUUUCUGAAGAGACCAACAUUUUGGAAGGCCUGUGGAACCUGUGUGAGAUUAACGGACUCAAGAGCCUGAAAUGCAUCCAGUACAGUUCACACCUGGUAGUGCCACAGGACCUGAAGGUGUCUCGAGUUCUGGUGGUCAUCUGCAUCUUCAUCAUCUGCCUGGGUUUGCUGCUGUACCUGAUCGGGGAUGAACGCAUCGGAUGUGUGUCAAAUAUGAAUAAUGAAAAGAUCAAGAUGGCGGCAAGUGGGUUGUUCCUGGGGGCUGGUCUGCUGCUGCUGGUGUCUGUGUCCUGGGUCACACACAAUGUCAUCCUUGGCAUCACCAACCCUCAGAUGGUUCUCCCAUUGAAACCAGAGAUGGGAGCCUCACUCUACCUGGGCUGGCUCAGCUCCCUGCUACUUCUGCUGGGAGGGGUUCUCCUGGGAGGGGCCCUGCUGUGUUGUGAGCGCCCAAGGAAGACUGACCAGCCCACUCCUCUUGAGGUCUCCUAUGAAGAGCCCUCUGUGCUUUAUAUCUGCAAUCAGUGAGCUUCAAGUAGCAAGUCACUGGAAUGAAGAGAGAAUAGCACCUCAGGGGUGAGUCUAGCCUUUCCCAGCUGCAGAGGGGAU